AUGUUUCUUUCUCUUGGACGCAAUAAAUCUAGGAAACCUGACGAUAUGAGCUCAGUGAAACGCAAAAAAACUAAACAACAAACUAAUAAACAAGGAAAAUCAAAAUCAAAAAAAACUUCUGCUUCUGAUAAUUCAUCAGAUAUGACUGCUGUGAGCGAAACUACACCAGACAAUAUCGCUAUGAAUGGUAAUGAAUCCACUGUUGAUGAGAAAACAAUUGACAAAAAAACUCCCCAUGAUCACGUGGAUGUGGAUCAAGAAAACAACCACGUGACCCAGAAACUCGAUUCGUUAAAUGGUCCCAAAAACAAUACCGCAACGUUCCAUAAUCGCGGAAGUACUGGCCCUCCGAGUGAAUCUGAAUCGUUAAUUACCGAAGGCUCGGGCGAGAACGCUCUAUCUGACGUUACGGCUCCGACUGAAGAAGAAAAAAGCAAUUUUGGUCAACAUGAAGGAGGAUGGGAUGGAUAUCCAAAGGAUAAUAUCCUAGAUUAUUAUAACUCUAAUGAUUUGCAAUCCAUCACAAGUGGCCGCAGAAAUGAGGAAUCGCAAAAAAUCUUGGACCCUAAUAAAGCCAAUACAAGUGCAAUAGCUAAUAAUCAACAUCCGAUAACAUCUCUUGAGUUGAAUGAUAACACGGACAACGAAAAAUUUAGUGAUCAACGUUCCAAUUUAUUUGAGAAUUCAAAAAACUUUCAGGACAUCGAUGAAUCCGAAUCUCCACUCACCCCCAAAGGAUUUAAUACAUCCUUGUCAUCUGUCACCACUGCUCCACGUGGACUUCCACUUGAAUUGUUCUCCGAUAAUCUUUACAUAGGCCCUAUUGACCAACUUCCACCUAUGGGUCUUGCAUUCUAUUGGCUUGGUUGGUACACAGAAGCUGUGUUUUCACAAAUUGCAGAUAGGCUUAGUAUUGUGGAUCGAUUCACGGGAAUUCCUCUUAGCGAGUUAUUUCUUUGGCUUUAUUCUCCUAAAAGUUGGAUGGACAUCAAAAACGAAGAUUUGGAAAAAUUGGAAGCAGCGAGAGCGACCAAUUCAGAAUGA